GCAUCCAGAACCAGCCACUCCUCUCUCUUGGGCACUGCUGCCAUGAACACCUUCCUGCUAGCCACACUGUGCCUCUUUGGGGCCUGGGCAGCUCUGGUAGGCGGGGUCACCGUGCAGGAUGGAGAGUUCUCCUUUCCUUUGGAGUCAGUGAAAAAGCUCAAGAAUCUCCAGGAGCCCAGGAUUCGGAACCGCAGGCAACUUGAUGGACCCGUGGAUUCCACCCUCUGUAGCCAUCCAAAGUUUCCUGAAGAACUCAAGCCUCUCUGCAAGAAGCCCAAUGCCCAGGAGAUCCUCCAGAGGCUGAGGGCCAUUGCUGAUGACCCGAGCGUCUGUGAGAUCUGUGCCUACGCUGCCUGUGCUGGAUGCUAGGGCAGCAGAGGCUCGCUGCCUUCUGCCCCUCUCCUGCAGGAUGCUCCCACUCCUGGCAGCACAAUCUGCCCUGCCCCCUGAAUGGUGGAUUGAGGCCAGAGACACCUGGGAAGGCCCAUCCUUUGACACCAUCCCAGCUGCCGGGUGCUUCCCAAGACCUACUCCAACCCUUAGUUAAUAAACCAGAUUCCAGAGUA